CUCACAUGGAACACAUUUGUCUGCUACCUUUUCUCUUGGAAGUUCAAAACCAGAGAGAAGAAGACGAAGAAGAAGGAAUGUCGAUUCAUCAACUCGUUCUCUCGCUUUCUUCAUCUUCUUCCACCUCUUCGUCGUCUUCAACUCGGUCGUCUCCACUAUUCAUCGGAUGUGGUAAUCUGCGGAGUCUCUCCAAAUCCAAAUCCGUUCCCGCAAUUCCACAGCGCAUCUCGAAUUCCAUUCACUCUCGUCCAAACUUACGGCCUAUCAACGAAAUUUCUUCCUCAAGAAAGAAGAGAAUUGUCAAGUCCAACAAGAUUGCAUGCUCCGCCAAGGAUGUGAAGCUGGAGAGUUCUGAAAUCGUGAAAGCGAAAAGUGUGUCCGUCGUUCUUCUGGCUGGUGGAAAGGGCAAAAGGAUGGGCGCAAGCAUGCCGAAGCAGUAUCUUCCACUUCUUGGCCAACCAAUUGCUUUGUACAGUUUCUACACUUUCUCACAGAUGAUUGAAGUGAAGGAAAUAAUUGUAGUUUGUGAUCCUUCUUACAAGGACAUUUUUGAAGCCAUCAAAGAGAAGGUCCAUAUAGACCUGAAGUUCGCAUUACCUGGGAAGGAGAGACAAGAUUCUGUAUACAGUGGACUUCAGGUAAUUGAUUUGAAGUCUGAACUUGUAUGUAUACAUGAUUCUGCUAGACCUCUGGUGACCUCUGGAGAUGUCAAAAAGGUUCUGAGGGAUGGUUGGUUGAAUGGAGCUGCAGUACUUGGUGUUCCUGUAAAAGCUACAAUAAAGGAGGCAAAUAGUGACUCAUUUGUUGUGAGAACUUUAGACCGGAAAACACUUUGGGAAAUGCAAACCCCACAGGUCAUCAAGCCAGAGUUGCUGAAGAAAGGUUUUGAACUUGUAAAUAGGGAGGGCCUAGAAGUCACUGAUGAUGUAUCCAUUGUGGAGCACCUCAAACAUCCUGUAUACAUAACUGAAGGAUCUUACACCAAUAUCAAGGUUACGACCCCUGAUGAUUUAUUAUUAGCGGAAAGGAUAUUGAACACAAGCUCCGUGGUGGCAUCAUAGUAAAUAUCACUCUUCUUCCCCCAGAAUUCUGUUUUUUUUUUGGCACUGUAACUGUUCCGCUCUUGAGGCCAAUCCUUGUUGAAAUGCAUAUUAUAAAAAGACAAUUUUUAUGCAGACGAUUUAGGCAAAA